AUGGUUAACUUUUUUAAAAGGAACAAUAAAUACUUGUAUGUCAAAAAACAAAAAAAUGUUGAACGUAAGCAAGCCGAUCAUUGGUUUCUAGGAGCUAUUGGUUUAGCAUUAAUUCCGGCAGAUAUUGUUGAAAGUACAUGGGUGGAUAUUAUAGAUUUAUAUAGUCCAGAUUAUGCCGGUGCUGUUACAUUUAACGACUAUCUGGUCCAGAAAUACGUUGAUAGAGAUGGAAUGCUAAUAAUGCCAUCUUAA